GACCUUGUAACAGCGAGCAUCUGAUAAGUAGCAGGCUGCUUUCCCUUUAAAGUCUGACGCACUCGGUGCUCCACUUUGGAGAAAGCAGCAGCAGCAGCAGCGGCAGCAGCAGCAGCAGCGGGGGCCCGGGGACGUCGGCGCUUCGCUGGACCGUCUCACCGUCCACCAUCAUGGAGUUUCUGCUGGGGAAUCCGUUCAGCUCGCCGGUGGGCCAGCUAAUCGAGCGUGCCACUAACUCCAGUUUACCAUCUGAAGACUGGGAACUCAAUAUGGAAAUCUGUGACAUAACCAACAGCUCAGAGGAAGGGCCCAGAGACGCAGUCAGAGCCAUAAAGAAACGGAUUGUGGCGAACAAGAACUUCAAGGAGAUCAUGCUGGCUCUUACUGUCCUUGAGAUGUGUGUGAAGAACUGCGGCUACAGAUUUCACAUUUUGGUGACGACACGCGACUUCAUUGAGGGCGUUCUGGUGCGCGCCAUCAUCCCCAGGAACAACCCGCCACAGAUCGUUCAUGACCGAGUCCUCGGCAUCAUACAGGCGUGGGCCGACGCAUUCCGCAGCUCGCCCGACCUGACGGGCGUGGUGUCGGUGUACGAAGACCUGCGGCGGAAGGGACUGGAGUUCCCGGCGGCUCAGCUCGACGGCUACCCGUCGGCUCAGCCUCUGAAGAAGACUUUACCUGGGAACGGGCCUGCUGUUACUGCUCUGUCUGCUGUGCGCCUGUCCACUAAACCUCCUCUCAUCCCCACUCACACCUCUGAGCUCAGACUGGCCCUGGAGGGAACCGGUGCCUUCACUCCCAGCCAGGUGAAGAUGCUGAAGACGGAGCUGGGCGUGGUGCGCACCAACCUGUCCACCAUGUCGGAGAUGAUGAGCCAGCUGGACCCGGUCACGGCGAAGCAGGCAGACAUGGAGCUGCUGGAGCAGUUGUACACUGUAUGUAAGGAAAUGCAAGACAGGAUCGUGAAGAUCAUCCCCAGACUCAACGAGGAGAACCUGAUCGAGGAAUUACUGGCCACCAACGAUGAAAUGAACACUGCCUUCACUCGCUACCACAGGUUUGAAAGAAGAUUAACCAACGGUCAAAGCACAGAGCAGAAGAGCGACAACUACAUGAACCUGUCGGACCUUUAUUCACCCGUCAGCCAAUCAGGGAUGGCCUCAGUUAAAAGCGACAGCUCCCUCAGUCUGUCCAAGCCAGACAGUUUGUACAGUCUGAUGGCCAAGCUGAGUACAAGCGAAUCAGAUGACAUGUUAUCGCAGAAAAUAAACAUCUCAAGUCAACAACUAACAAGUGAUGCGAAUGAAGUGACAGCAGACGAUCCGGCUCGAGCUCAGGGCAGCAGUUUACAAAACUCUGGAUUGGAUGAGAGUCCAGCCUCGACCCGCAGCUCUUCACCAAAGUUAGAUUGGAUGAUUAAAAGGGGAAUGAUUCCCAUCAACCAGUCCAAUGUCAUGGACGACGUCGAGAAAUGGCUAGAGCUGGAAGACGAGUACGACGACUAUGAAGACUCAGAGGGUGUGACCAGUGAAGAGUUCGACAGGUUUCUGGCAGAAAGAGCAAAAGCGGCAGAGCGCCUGCCGUCCCUGCGAGGCUCCUCACGGGACGCCAGCUACUCCGAGUCCUAAAGCCAUGCGGCGCCACCAGCAGGUGCGUCCCGACUUAUGAUUGAGUGGAGGGUCGUUACGUGGAAGCGACACUGGAGGAACAACGCUGGACCAGAAAAUGAGCUCGGAACUAUGUGAAAACCAUGCUGGUGAAGGAAUGUUUUUACUUGAGGGUUUGUAUGCGAGCAAACUUUUGCACAUUUUCUAUAUGGUUACAUUCCUGACAUUCAGAGGGGAAAAAAAGAUAUUGUUACAAAGAAACACUUUGCAGGAUAUAUUAUGUAUUAUACUGCUGUGAAAUGUAUAUAUAAAUAUAUAUAUAUUGGUAACAUGAAAGGUAAAAAUACACUUUAAAAAAUAAUUUAAAAAACACUGUAAACUUGUAAGUGAAGCUCUGAUGUAACAUACUGUUAUUGUUUAAUGCUUCACUUUUUUUCUUGUUGGAUGUGGAAAAAUUCCAGAUUUUGUACUUCCAGCUUUUCCGCAUAAUGUCAGAAAUUCAUGACAGAUUGCUGCCAGAUAUUAAACUAAAGCUAUUAACUGGA